AUGCCACCGAGCAAAGUCGUAAUUGAUACAGAUCCUGGAGUUGAUGACAUCCUUGCCCUGCUCCUGGCUCUGUCGUCUCGUUCCGAAGAGAUCGAGGUCAAGCUGAUAUCUCUGACCUUUGGCAACAUCGAUGUCCGUAGCUGCCUCCGGAAUCUCGUGUCUCUGUUCCAUACCAUCGAGCGGGAGCUCAAGUGGCGCCGUGAACAUGGAAAACCGGAAGGUUUCGAUUCCCUGAAGAAAUGCAAGCCAACGAUUGCUGUCGGGGCUAAUCGUCCCCUUGAGGAUGAGAUGAUGAUGGCUGAUUAUUUUCAUGGACGUGAUGGGCUAGGAGAUAUUCAUUUCAGUCACCCUCAUUUGACUCCCGAGCAAACAUGGGAAUCCCUAUUCUUUCCCCUCACUCAAAACGGGACGACUGCAGCUACAGCAAAGGCUGCAUUGGAUCAUUCUCACGACUCUUUAUUUAUCGCCUCGAGAGAGCCUGCCCACAAGGAAAUGCUACGGAUCCUUAAGGAGAACGAUCCGGAGACCAUCACGAUCGUGGCCAUUGGCCCGCUUACAAAUCUGGCCACGGCCGCCGCAGAAGACCCAGAGACAUUCCUCCGUGCAAAGGAGGUAGUGGUUAUGGGAGGAGCAAUCGAUAUUCCUGGAAACGUAACCCCAACCGCCGAAUUCAACACAUAUGCCGACGCCGCCGCUGCCGCCCGCGUCUUCGCCCUCACCUCCCUACGGCCCACAUCAACCAUGCCGCCCAUAAACCCCUCACUAACUACCCACCAGCUCCCCGCCUACCCGGCAACGCUCAGCAAACAACUAACCCUCAAGCUCUUCCCGCUCGACAUCACGCACCAGCACAACCUCACCCGCGGUCACUUCCAUAGCAAAGUAGGGCCCAUGGCAUCCGCCAACUCACCGCUGGCAGAAUGGCUCUCCAUCAUCCUCGAGCACAGCUUCGCGACCCUGGAUGCGCUGCAUCCAGGCCACGAUGGCGAUAAAGCUUCGCUGAGCCUACACGACCCGCUGUGCGUUUGGUAUGUGCUCACGACGAGCGGACAGCAGCAGAAACAGCAGCAAGGUGGCUGGCAGCCAUCAGCCGGGUCGCCGGAGGAUAUCCGCGUGGAGACGACGGGCCAGUGGACGCGGGGGAUGUGUGUGGUUGAUCGGCGGAGUCGGAAGAGGCGGGACGAUGACCUUGUGAGUUUUAGUGAUAAUGGGCAUUGGUUGAGUAAUGUUUCCGGGAAUCGGGUGGUGAGGAUGGUGAUGUCGCCUGGUGCUGCGAGGUUUGGGGAGGAGAUGUUGGAUAGGAUUUUUGGGAUGGAGGGAUGA